AUUUCGAUCCUGUCAGUAUUGACACAUGGUCCAACAACGACCGUUUUCUCUGCCUACAUCUUUCGGUCGUUGUAGGAAAGAUCACUAAAAGCCUAAAUUCCACCGAUAUCGGGAAACCGGGCCCAGAACAGAACACAAUACAAUAAUACGCCUGAAACACAAGACGGUGUUUGAUUGGCUGUGGGGUGGCUAACUCCAUUUUGGAAACAGCUGUUUGAGAAGUACCCUUCCCUCAUUGUUUCCCUGAGGUUCCCAGAGAAACAUCCCGCUUUCGGAUACUUUUUUAUCACUAAUCCAGACCAACGUCCUUAUAAGAUUUACACUACGUGUUGCAGAUGAUCCCGGAAACUUAAUUGGUGUUUGAUCCGAUUGUAACAAGUAGAUAAGAAAGGCUUGCGAAUCAAGCUCAUUCCUCUUUUUUCAAGCAGCACAGACACAGCUGCCCUUGCCCCAUACCGACGGACACUGGGUGUAAUGAGGUUUCUGGUCAUGGACAGAUGAUGGAUGUGGAGACAACAACGUCGUACUCUGACUUCAUCAAUUGUGAUCGUACAGGCCGCAGGAACGCAGUACCUGACAUCCAGGGACAGGGGGCAGCAGCCAGCACCAGUGAAUUAACCAAAGGCAUGGAAGGGAUGGACCUGAAGGCUGCAGAAGGAGAGACUGGUGCAUCACCAGCCCCUGAGGGUGAAGGGUCAACCAGCCAAGAGGCCCAGGGAGUCAAGGGCCCAUCGUAAACCACCUCACAGGAGAGGAGAGAGGGACACAGACAGGAAGGGACAGCAGGAGACACGGAGAGAGGGAAAUCUACUGGUUGUCCUGCCUGCCUGAAUCCUACUCCUCAACAGCAAUGACAUAAUCUCUCACUGUGUAGCUCUGAUGGAGCUUUGCUGGUCCAGUUGCAUGAUACUUCCUCUCCUUUAUCAAUUGGCAUUGUGGGAAAUGGAGUUGACAGAACUUGACAGUUGACAAGUAGGACUACAUCUGAUCCUGGCCUAUAGUUGCUGCUGGAAUACAGUGGUAAAGGAAAUGUUCUCAUAUCACUAUGAGAAAGCACAGAACUUUGGACCUAACUCCCAUCAAGAAGAAGAGCUAUACAGAAUCUAUAAUCAUUUGUUACUCCUUUUGUUAUGUGUACGUUUGUGGCCCAGUUAAACAUGUUUCUUAGUUUACCCUUUCUUUUACAAGAACACAUGAAGUUGCAAUUACAAUGUACUGUAAUGGAGGUCAUAUUUAUUUCAAAUGGUUCUCUGAUAUCUUUGUAAUUGGAAUUUCUUUGUGCAAUAAAAUGUGUAAGUGCUAGGCUA